AUGGCGUCCAGCAGUGGGACGAAAAACUUGGACUUUCGCCGCAAGUGGGACAAAGAUGAAUACGAGAAGCUCGCUGAGAAGAGGCUCACGGAAGAGAGAGAAAAGAAGGAUGGAAAACCAGUGCAGCCAGUCAAGCGGGAGCUCCUCCGGCAUAGGGACUACAAGGUGGACCUGGAAUCCAAGCUCGGGAAGACAAUUGUCAUUACCAAGACCACCCCACAAUCUGAGAUGGGAGGAUAUUACUGUAAUGUCUGUGACUGUGUUGUGAAGGACUCCAUCAACUUCCUGGAUCACAUUAAUGGAAAGAAACAUCAGCGAAAUCUGGGCAUGUCUAUGCGUGUGGAACGUUCCACCUUGGAUCAGGUGAAGAAACGUUUUGAAGUCAAUAAGAAGAAGAUGGAAGAGAAACAAAAGGAUUAUGAUUUCGAGGAAAGGAUGAAGGAGCUCAGAGAAGAAGAGGAAAAGGCCAAAGCCUACAAGAAAGAGAAACAGAAGGAGAAGAAAAGGAGGGCUGAGGAGGACUUGACAUUUGAGGAGGAUGAUGAAAUGGCAGCUGUGAUGGGCUUCUCUGGCUUUGGUUCCACCAAGAAGAGUUACUGA